AUGGGGGGCUCCAUGGGUGGGUGGCACCCAAGGGACACUUCUUGAUCCGGUGCUGUCCAAUUGCUUGGUGUUGGUUUUUGACACCCUGCUCCAGACACCUGGGUUCUUCAUUCCGAGAUCAAUCCUGGAGCUGAAAGAAAGGGUGGGGGCAAUCUGGAAAGUGGAGAGUGGCCUUGAAACAGGAUGGAGUCUUUGUUGUUGCUGACAUUGAUUCCACUCGCUCAAGGUCUAUCCUGCGCCCGCAUUCCCUGCAAGAAUGGAGGAGUCUGUUUGAGUCACUCCAAUGGGACUUUCUCCUGCCUUUGCCUUGCUGGCUACGUGGGAGAGAUGUGCCAGUUUGUGGACCCCUGCACCCCUGGGCGCUGCCAGAAUGGGGGCACCUGCACCCUCAUGAACCUUCGCCCCCCAACCCCCCCUGCCUAUACUUGCCUGUGCCCCCCUGGUUUCACUGGGGAGGAAUGCAAGGGAGCAGUUGGAGACCCCUGCUUCCCUUCACCCUGCCAACAUGGAGGAACGUGCCAGUGGCUCUCCGGAAAAGGGUACCGAUGCCAGUGCAUGCCAGGAUGGACAGGAAAGAAUUGCCAGCUGAUGGACUUCUGCCCGGCGAAUCCUUGUGCCAAUGGAGGGACUUGCGUCAUCACUUACCCGGUCAUCGUCUGCCAGUGCCAGCCGGGCUUUGAAGGGCACACCUGCCAACACGAUGUCAACGAGUGCUUUGGGGACCCUAACCCCUGCCUCAAUGGAGGCAGCUGCAUUAAUAACAUUGGCUCUUUCCGCUGUGUCUGCCCGCCCAGCUCCACUGGUCCACUCUGCCAGUACCGCCUAGGACCCUGCUCCCCAGAGAUCUGCCUCCAUGGCAGCACCUGCCACCACAUCAAUGACAAGUACCAUGGCUGCCUGUGUCUCCCAGGCUACACAGGCCAAUACUGCGAGGUGAACCCAGAUGACUGUGUGGGGCAUCAGUGCCACAAUGGGGGCACCUGCCAGGAUGGAGUGGGGUCAUAUACCUGCCACUGCCUACCAGGUUGGACAGGGCUCUUUUGCCACCUGCAUGAUGCCUGCCUCAGCAGCCCAUGUCAUCCUGAUGCGCAUUGUGACACUGACCUCCUGACUGGCCAGGCUGUCUGCACAUGCCAGCAAGGUUAUGCUGGCCCCAUGUGCUAUGAGGAUAUCAACGAGUGCCAGAUGGGUGCAGACCCCUGUGAACAUGGUGGAAGCUGCCACAACACGCCCGGCUCCUUCACCUGUCGCUGCCCCAUGGGCUACACAGGCUCUCGCUGCGAAGCAAACCUCAAUGAGUGUCUCAGCCAGCCUUGCCAUAACGGAGCCUCUUGCCUCGACUUGCUGGGCCAGUUCCAAUGUCUCUGCCCCUCCGGGUUCAGCGGGCCCCUGUGCGAAGUGGAAGAAUGUGUCAGUGAUAGCUGCCUCAAUGGAGGAACCUGUCUCCGACAGAUCCACAGAGUUGCCUGCCAGUGUCCUCCUGGUUUUGAGGGACCCCAAUGCAAGCUGGAGGUGGACAGCUGUGCCAGUUCCCCCUGCAGGAAUGGGGGCCAGUGCCAAAACUCUGCAGGGGUUUUCCAUUGCACCUGCCCCCAAGGUUUCGAGGGACACCAGUGUGAGAGAGAUGCAGACUUAUGCCGCAGCGCCCCCUGUGAGCAUGGAACCUGCUUGAAUGCACCGGGCUCCUUCACUUGCAUUUGCUCUUCAGGCUUCACAGGACCCCACUGUUCAGAGCUCAGCGACCCUUGCCAGAAUUGGCAGUGCCUCAACGGGGGCAGUUGCCAAGGGACAGAAUUUGGGCUGCACUGUCUCUGUCCUCCAGGUUGGACAGGCCGGGACUGUGGCAUGGAAGUAAAUGCCUGCGAUUCCAGUCCCUGCCACCAGGGGGCCACUUGCCUGAGUCGUCAAGGUGCCUUCAGCUGCACCUGCCCCAGCGGCUACGUAGGAGUGACAUGCAAUGAAGAUGUGGAUGAAUGCAUAUCCAGCCCCUGCCUCAACUCUGGAUCCUGCCUUAACAGCCCUGGAACCUUCCACUGCCUUUGCCCUGAGGGUCACACAGGAAUGAAAUGCCAGGAAAGUCUUGACCUUUGCUCACUCGACUCCUGCAGGAAUGGAGGCCAGUGUGUAACAAAGGGGUCUGCACCCCACUGCCUGUGCCCCCCAGGCUGGGGAGGCUCACAGUGCGAGCAGAGGACAAGCCAGAAUGGAGACAAUUGCACAGAUCAGGCUGGAGGGCACAGCUGCCAGCUGCAGCAGUGCCUACCUAAGGAGAAGUGCCUGAAUGGGGGAACCUGUACCAAGAUGUUGGAUGGAUUCCGGUGCUUGUGCCCCCCGGGGACCAAAGGUCCCAACUGUGAUUUGGACCCCUGUUCCCUUCCUGGUCCCCACUGCUACCAUGGGGGGACCUGCCAGGCUCAGCCUGAAGGAUUUUCUUGCAUCUGCCCCCCUGGGUAUGUUGGCGAGCGGUGCCAAGGGGUUGUGGAUGCCUGCUUCUCCCAGCCUUGCCACCGGCCUGGUGCCCAUCACUGCCAAUCCCACGAAGAGGGUUUCCACUGUUCGUGCCUAUCAGAAUACACAGGGAUUCUGUGUGAAUCUUUGAUUGACAGUUGUCAAUCAGAUCCCUGCCUGAAUGGCGGAAGCUGUAGUGUCAUGCCGGGUAACCCUCUUGAAUUCAUCUGCCACUGUCCACAGGGUUAUGAUGGAGUGACCUGUGAUCAGCACGGCCCCCCUUGUGGCUCACUCUACUGCCACAACGGAGGGGUUUGCAUAGCCCGUCCAUCUGGGCUCCGGUGCCUCUGUAUGGCAGGGUUCUCUGGGCCAGACUGCAGCCUACCCCCAUGCUCUCCAGGGCCCUGCUCCACCUCCAAUACUACCAUGACCUCCGAGUGUCGACUGGUGGCAGGAGACGGGCGCUGCGACCGGGCCUGCAGCUCCCCUGAGACCAACUGGGAUGGUGGUGACUGUUCCCUGGGGGUGCUUGAACCUUGGGGAUCCUGCCCAAAACAGGAGCUGUGCCAGGUGGCUUUCCAGGAUGGGGGUUGCCAGCACCGUUGCCAUAGCGAGGAUUGCCUGUACGACGGAUUUGACUGUGCCCAGUGGAAGCUGUGCAACCCUUCCUAUCAGCAAUAUUGCCGGGACCACUUCUCCGACGGACACUGCGACAGAGGCUGCCAUGUGGCCUCCUGCGGCUGGGAUGGGGGAGAUUGCUGGUCUCAUCCUGCCCCCCUGGAGGAGGCGACAUUGGGGCUGGCCGUCCUGCUGCCCCGAGAGGGCCUACUCCAUUUCUUGUAUUCCCUGGCGGUUGCCAUGAAGACGGGAAUACGAGUUCAGCGGGAUCCCCAGGGCAGAGAAAGGAUCUACCCCUACACAGGGAGGGAAUUGCUUGGAAGCAGGAGCAAUUGGACAGAGGUUCAGCCGGAGGCUUCUGCAGAGACCGUAGGAUUUACCAUCUUCUUGGCAGUGGAUGGGAACCAGUGCCCAGGACAGUGCCUCACCUCCCCCAAGUCCCUGCUGAAUUUCUUGGCGGCCUUGUCAGCCAAAGGAACUCUUGAGUCCCUUGUGCCCUAUCCAGUGGUCACUGCCUGGGUUGAGUCAACGGGAAAUGAUCCCCAGGCCUCCGUUUCCCAUUUUUCUGGGCCCCUCAUUUACAGCGUGGGGGCUGGAGUCCUGGCAAUAGCACUGGGUAUCUUUCUUGGGGUAUGGAGGAUCCGCCGGCCCCAGCGGCGCGAACACGGUGCUCUCUGGUUCCCCCCUGGAUUUGCUCCACUCCCAGCCAAGAAGCGGCGCUGUCGGAGGGACCCUGUGGGAGAAGACGCCAUCAGGCUAAAGCCAAGAAAGGCAGGUGCUGAAUUUGUAGAGGACACUGACAUGUGCUCCAGUCCCCACUUUGACGGACCACUGAACAUCACAGAUAUGGAGGGUGAUCCUGAUUCCAUCUCCAUCCUAGAGCAAGGCCAGCCUAAGCCAAAGAAGCAGGUGCAGUUCAGCACGCUGAUCUCCACUCAGGACGCCAGGCCAAAGGCUGUCAAGACUCAAAAGCCAGUUUGUGGCCUGACGCCAUUGAUGCCUUUGGCCCAUUCUCCUGGCUUGGACCUGGAAGGAUCCUGGGCAGACGGGCAAAUGGGAAGCUCUGGAGAGACGCCCCUUCACUUGGCAGCUCGAUACUCCCGUGCUGACGCCGCCCGCAGACUCCUGGCAUCCGGAGCCGAUGUCAACUCCCGUGACCAGUGGGGACGGACCCCCUUGCACAGCGCCAUAGCAGCUGAUGCGUUGGGUGUAUACCAGAUCCUUCUCCGGCACCGGCAGACAGACUUGGAUGCCACGGCCCACGAUGGCUCCACCCCUCUAAUCCUUGCCACACGGCUUGGGGUUGAAAAUAUGGUGGAGGAGCUGAUCGCCAAUCAUGUAGAUAUCAGGGCUGUAGAUAAGAGAGGAAAGAGCGCCCUCCACUGGGCUGCAGCUGUCAACAACGUGCGUGCCACCCUCAUUCUACUCAGAAAUGGAGCUGAUAAGGAUACUCAGGACAAUCGGGCACAGACCCCAUUGUUCCUGGCUGCCCAAGAGGGGAGCUAUAAAGUGGCUUGUCUUCUUCUCCAGCACGGGGCCAAGCAGAGCAUCCGGGAUCACAUGGGCCGCCUCCCAAAGGACGUGGCCCUAGAGCGUCUCCACCACGAUAUCCUGUCUCUUUUGGACUGCCCCCACCCCUCACAUGUCACCAGCCAGAAGGUCUCACCACAAAGGCCAUGCCCACCGCCCCAUCAGUCUGCUGGCAACCCGCACAAGUUACCAUGGCAACCUGGCAACCAACGGCUCACUCCUGUCCAAGAGAAUGAGGGCCUGUUGAAGGAACUUCCCUCUCCCAUGCUGCUGACUAGCCAAUCAGAAAAUGCUGUGGGGCCACCUGAUGAGUGACUCCUCCCCCUCUGGGUGUGGAUUGGACAUAUGCUAAUACUGCAGGUCAGUGACAGCAGAUUGAGCCAUGGUAUGGUGUUCGCCAGUGAGGUCAUGCAGGGCAGGAAUGCUGAUGUCGCAGGAAGGUACCGUGAACAGAGGCAAGCCAGAGCAGAGCGGUGCCUGAGGAGAGAUCUAGACGUCCUGCGUGGAGGAAUGACGAUGAUCUGGUGUGACAUUGGAGGAGUGCCUGAGGAUACAUCUGAUGUCAUACAUGAUGAUGUAACACAGUAGGAGGGUGCUUUAAAUGUGUACGCAGCCAGAGCCACAUCUGUACCAUACCUUUAAAGCACAUGGCUUCCCCAGAGAAUCCUAGGAACUGCAACAUGUUUUAAGAUGUCUUGAAAGCUUUUUUUUUUUAAAAAAACUUUUUAAAAGAUGUUUUGUUUUAAUGUAUUUUAAAGUCUGUUUUUGUGAUGUUUUAAAGCAUUUUUAGUGCUUUUGUUUGCCGCCCUGGGCUCCUGCUGGGAGGAAGGGUGGGAUAUAAAUCAAAUAAUAAAUAAUAAAUAAAUGUGUCACACAGCCUGGAGCAUACAGAUAAAUCCUUGAUCAUAUCUUGCUAUAAGAUAAGGAUGAAGGAUCUCAAACUAGUGGGGUCAAACCAGGCUUCUGCCCCACUUUUCCAACCUGCAGUUCCUCAGUAUACACUGUUAUAAUUUGUCCCUUUUUCUUUGCUUUUCCAUUGGUGCAGGGUCGAAUAGACAAGGGGGUUCUAAAGGCCAGGUCUCACAAACAGGUAGAUCACCAAUAGUACCAGCCACGUCAAAAGACCCAGCUCUGCCUGCUUUAAAACCUUGAAGACUCUUCUAGCAGUUAGAACCUGAAUUGCUCUUGCGGCUAAUCUUCCGUGCUCCUCCUCCCAAAGCCUAAGGAAGAUUAUCAGCGUAAGAGGAGCAGCAGAGCCUGGCUGUACUGGGUCUCUCUCCCUCAGCCUUUAGGAAAAUGAGGGAACAUCACUGCUGCAUCAGGCCAAUCAAUGGCCCCAUCUAGUUCUCACAGUAGCCAACCAGAUGCCUCUUCAGGGAAGCUGGCAAGUAAGACCUAAGUGCAAGAGCACUCUCCCUCUUUGCAAUUCUCAGCACCUGGCAUUCAGAAGCACAUACUGCCUCUGACCGUGGAGGCAGAACAUAGACAUCAGGGUCAGUAGCCAUUUUAUCCUCCAUGUAUUUAUUACUAUUAUGUGGGAGCCCAGGGCGGCAAACGAAAACAUUAAAAACACUCUUAAACAUCUUAAA